UCGAGGCUCGUAGUUCGUACUUGAUUUCGAUUGAUUUCGAUAUUCGGUGCAAAUUUUUAAUUUUGGCUUUGAUACUGUUGAUUGUUUAUGUCGCGCCGAAUCUACCGGCUGGGUUUUUGUUCGAUAAAUUAAUUUAGAGCUUAACAAUGAGUCAUUUCAAACUAAUCUCUUCAACAAAAGCUUCAGAUGUUAUACCCGUUUCAAAAUUUGUUUCUGAAAAGACCGGUCUUACGGUCAUCAUUGCUAGUGUAGAAGGACCUCUCGUCAAUGGAUUUUUCUGUCUGGCUACUGAAGCUCAUGACGAUGACGGGUUGCCGCACACUUUGGAGCAUCUCGUUUUCCUGGGAUCGAAGCGUUACCCCUACAAGGGCAUUCUCGACCUGCUGGCCAACCGCUGCAUGGCCCACGGAACGAAUGCCUGGACUGAUACGGAUCACACUUGCUACACAAUAGACACUGCCGGGGACGUCGGCAUGCUGACUCUCCUGCCUAUUUACAUUGAUCAUAUUCUACAACCUACUCUGACGGAUGAGGGCUUCAUAACCGAAGUCCAUCACAUUGAUGGGGACGGUGAGGAUGCUGGUGUUGUGUACUGUGAAAUGCAGGGCAGAGAGAACACUGCUGAUAGCAGAUGUGAACUAAAACUCCAACGUGCCAUGUAUCCAAACAAUGGUUACUCGUCUGAAACUGGGGGUAUUAUGAAAAACCUACGUGAAUCAACUACCAACAAAAAAGUUCGGGACUUUCACAAAAAGUUCUACAGGGCAGAGAAUUUGACUAUUAUUCUUACUGGUCAAAUAGAAGCAAAGGAUGUUUUCGAGGCACUCAAAACAGUAGAGGAUGACAUCAUAGCUAAGAAAAAUGCAGAACCACAAGAAGAUUGGGUAAAACCCUGGCAGACCAUCCCACCUCCACCCAACUAUGGAGAUCUGAAAGAGCUAUGGCCUGCUGAUACAGAGGAUUGUGGACAGGUGUACUUCGGAUGGCGCGGGCCGCUGCUGCGUGAUGAAGACGCGAUGAAGUCGCUGACGGGAUGCGCGGUGCUGCUGCGGUACCUGUGCGACACCGCCGCCGCGCCGCUGCAGCGACAGCUGGUGCAACGCGAGGACGCCCUGGCGGGAGACGUUUCCUAUGGUCUAACGGAAAACAUGGCGGCACUCAUCAAGGUCGAAUUGAACAAUGUUCCGAUCAACAAGUUGGAGGAGGCGCGAGACGAGGCUCUAAAGUGCCUGAAGAAAGUCAGAGACGGCGAGGAGAGUUUGGACAUGGAGCGUAUAGUGAGACUGGUGCAGAAACAGCUGAGGGAGACUAUCGCCAGCCUCGAGUCGGAUCCGCACCACGCGCUGGCUUUCAGGUGCAUCGGUGACGCGCUGUACUCAGUAAAUGAGAGUGACUUCAUAUCCCGCAUGAACCCCCAACAAACUCUGAACGAGCUGAUGGAAGAGAAGGCGGAGUACUGGCAGGGGCUGCUGCGGAAAUACUUCACAGAUGAGCUGGUGACCAUCGUCGGGGCACCCAGCAUAGAACUACAAAAUAAAAUGGCGGAAGAAGAGAAGAGUAGGAUAGAACAGCAGAGAGCUGAAUUGGGCGAGAGUGGUCUAGCAGAAAAGGCGAAACGACUUCAGGCGGCUAUGGAGUUCAAUGAGCGGCCGCCGCCAGCGGGCGUGCUGUCGUCGGUGCCGGUGCCGCCGUGCGACAACCUCAAGUGCCACAAGAUAGCCACGUGGAGCAGCGACGCCGCGCCGUGCCCGCACCUCGACCUGGAGGCCGUGCCCAUGUACGCCAGGGUCCAUAGUCUCAAGACCAACCUGAUUUAUAUGACGGUGAUCCUAGACACGACAACAGCGUCGCAGUCGACUCGUCGCUGGGUGCCGCUGCUGCUGGACUCGCUCGCGCAGUGCCCCGUGCGGCGCGGCGGCGCGCUCGUCCCGCACGGCGACGUCAUCGCCGCCACGGAACGCCUCACCGUGACGUUCAACACCGCCACCGGCUUCGGCAAAGCCGGCAACUUCGCCGUCGGCAGCUUCGGCAACAUGAUCAAUAUCGAUAUACGGUGCGUGCCUUCAGAUUACGAGGAGGUCGUGAACCUCUUGUACGAAGUACUGUACUGCGCCGAAAUCACCAAGGAACGCCUACUUGUGUUUGUGCAGAGAUUGUUGAACGAUGUAGCUCAGGUCCGUAGAAACGGCAAUAAAAUGGUGUACGACAUCCUUCGGGACAGCGUGUACAGCAAAGACAGCAACGUGCACUGGAGCUCUGUGCUGCGACAACAGAAAUUCCUCAAGAACAUUCUGGAACGCCUCAAUGCCAGUGACGACUCCGCUGAGGCGGUCCUGAGAGAAGCGAAAGAGGAGUUUAAGAAUAUGACCAAACAUAUCUGGCUGCAUUUGGCAACCGACUUCGAGCGGUAUAAACUUAGCACUGAACCGUGGAAGAAGUUUGCCAGGGACGAGCUUACGAAUGCCCCGCCAAAGCUGAUGUUGGACGCGGAGCUGAUGACGUCAGAGGCUGGUCAGGGCGGGUACGUGGUGGGCGUGGGCGGGCUGGAGUCCGCGUUCCUCGCCGCCCUCAGCCCCGGCCCGCGCGGCGCCGCCCUGCCUCACGCCGCGCCGCUCACGCUCGCACUCAACUACUUCACUCAGCUUGAGGGUCCGAUGUGGCGUCUGAUCCGCGGCUGCGGGCUGUCGUACGGCUACGGCGUACGGCCGUCCUUCUCGGAGGCGCGCGUUGUGUUCUCGCUGUAUCGCGCAACCAACGUCCAGGCCGCGUACACCAAGGCCAAGUCCAUCGUGGACGAGUUUCUGGCGAGCGGCAAAUUCGACGAGGACUUGUUCGCGUCGGCGAAGAGCACGGCGGUGUUCGAGACGGUGGAGAACGAGAAGUCCCCCGCCGACACCGUGCGCACUUCCCUACUCAACUACCUCAAGCAGGCGCCCGAUGACUACACACAGCAACUAGUGUGCGCGCUCGGCGCUGUGGACGACGCCGGAGCGCGCGCGGCGGCGGCGCAGUGGCUGUCGCAGGUGUUCACCGCCGGCCGCACCGCUGUCGUCUGCCACCCCUCCAAGGUCAACGACCUGCAAGCCGCCUUCCGCAAGAUAAAUGUGGAGUUGGAUGCGUUCGAAUCAAUGGAAGCGACUCACUUCAAUGCAUAAGUAUUAUUUGCAUUUACACCCAAGUUUUAUUUUUGAUUGUUAUUAUACUCACGAGCGUUAAUUUUAAGCGAAACCUUAUUUAAGUAAAUAUACACAUGUUUGAUUUUAUAUAACUGCUAGGCUGUGCCUUACAUAUUUGCUGUUCACAUAUUAUCAACAUUUUAAUAUUUUUAUAUUAAUAAAAAUCAUAUUACAUU